AUGGUAGAUAUGGGAAACCAAGGGGUUGAGGUCGAACCUCCCAGGGUCGAACAACCAGUACCAAUAGAGAGGGAACCAAGAGUAUUGGUGGUGAAUAGGAAUCAGGUUGCUGACGAAUUCAUACGUCAAGUUCGACGUAAUAAUAUGGCAACAGAUAAAAAUUUGGCAACCAUGGUCGAAAGGAUUAUGACACCAAAUAGGGCAAACGUUGGCCUCCAUAGGCCAAACUAUACGUCACUAUUAUCUGAGUAUAUUUUGCGGUCAGAGUUACCCCCUAGAUGGAAAGUGCCAAAUUUUAUGAAAUUCUCUAGGGACACUAGCGAAUCUACUGUCGAACAUGUGGCAAGGUACCUAAUAAAAUUAGGGGAUAUCGCAAAUAAUGAGAAUCUGAUAUCGAAGAUUACUCUGAAGGAAUUGACUAACAUUAAGCGUAAAUUCACUGAGCUAAUCGACGAAUAUCUUAAUAGGUUCCAUUUGCUAAAGGCAAGAGUUCGACAAGUAGAGCACCUGAAGGCUGAAAAAGCCAGGGUGAAUAAGAAUAACAUGAGAGAAAGAGUAGCCUAUGUCGAAUUAUAUGGAGAUGAUCAAGAGACAUAUAAUGACUUUUUAGAUUUCGACGAAAGUGAGAUUGAUCUCGUUGAAUUAAAAUAA